AUGCAGACUCUGGAAGGGGUAGAUACUGUUUUCCACACUGCUACUGCGGAUCAGAUCAAGAACAACUUCCAACUCCAUUACAAGGUCAACAUCGAGGGUACGCCAAAUGUCAUUGAGGCUUGUAACAAAUGCAAGGUUAAGACACCCAUAUACACUAGUUCCAGUGGAGUUGUAUUCGAUGGAGUUCAUGGCCUUUUUGGUGGAGAUGAAUCGACACCAUAUCCACAUAAGUUUCCUGAUGCAUACACACAAACCAAGGCAGAAGCCGAAAAUUUGGUGAUGAGAGCCAAUGGAAUAGAUGAGCUUCUCACUUGUUGUAUACGUCCUGGCACCAUCUUUGGCCCUGGUGACACAAUAGUGCCAACUUUGGUUUCUUACGGAGGAAUGAUGAUCAUUGUUGGUGAUGGCAAGAAUUGUGAUGAUUUUGUAUAUGUUGAGAAUGUGGUGCAUGCUCAUAUAUGUGCCAAGAAAACCCUUUCUAUGAAAGACGGUGCAAAGAGAAGUGGAGGCAAAACCUACUUUAUAACUAAUAUGGAGCCAGUGAAUAUGUGGGACUUUAUUUACAUGGUUUUGGAAGAACUUGGAUACAAAAGCCGUGUCAGAUUAAGAAUACCUUUAUGUCUUCUCGAGCCGAUAACAUUUCUGGUAGACUGGAGCUAUAAUAAUAUAUUCUCGCACUAUGGAAUGCGUCAACCUGGCAUGCUAACAUCCACAAGAAUUAAGUAUGUGACCCUCAAUAGAACAUUCCAGUGCAAGAAUGCUGUUGAACAACUUGGUUACAAAGCAAUAGUGUCAUUCAAGGAGGGAGUAAAUAUGACUACCGAAUUCUACAAGUGCUUAAGGGCGCGAGAUAUGCGCAUUUCUAUUUGA